UGAAUUGUAGUUGGAUCAACAGUUUAUUUGUUUCAAUGAAAUAUUUCGUUUAUAGCACUUGCUAUUGUAGGUUUGAUAUUUGUUUUGGGAGCCAGAGCCCAAAAUCUAAAAGAGGUAAGCGAAAAGUUGGAACCUUUGAGCGACAGUUAUGUCACUUAAGUGUUUUGUUUGCCCUUCAGCAAUGCAAGGGCAUUCAGUAUGAUUUGUUGCCUUAUCCAGACAAGAAUGACCAGUUUAUUGUAUGCGCCUAUGAAGUGCCAGAAGUGCGCAGCUGCCUACAGAGCACUUGUUUUGAUCCCAUCUUGAAGAGCUGCAGCGAGAGAGCCUGCACUCCAACUACUCCCAGUGACAAGGAAAUUGCAGUUACGUUCUGCAAUGAAUUGAAAGCAGGAGAAAAAAUACCAUCAGUGGAUUGCUCCCACUUCUGGAUCUGUUUGAUCGAAAUGGAGCCCGUCUAUGUGGCCUGCCCACUGGGCAAACACUACUCACGCUCCGAACAGGAAUGCGUAUCGCCGGCACUGGCCAAAUGCGCCACCCCAGCGAAGCUGUGCGAAUCCAACUAUAGCACAUAUGCGGCCGAGAGCUGCAAUGAAUACUACGGAUGCACUAACAAGAAUCUGAUGAAGCGCAGCUGCCCAUAUGGUGAGGCCUACAGUGCAGAGAGUGCAGCGUGUAUUAAGGAUUGGAGCUGUGUCGCAGACCUCAAGCCGGACUGCCAAAAUCCCGCCAAUGCCAAUGCCUACUUCAGUCACAGCGAUUGUACCAAGUUUUACGUUUGCAUACAGAGCCAAGUCUUCGAAGGCAAAUGCGCCGAUGGCUAUGGAUUUGACAGGCAGAGCUCCAAUUGCAGGCUUGGCAUCUGUAAGAGUAACUAAUCCUUCUG